UGCAAGAACAUAUCAGCGGAGAUGUUAAUUGAAGUAUUACUUUACUGAAAUGUGACUGUUCACCUGGUGGAAAAAAAAACCGCUCAAUAACUCCGCCUCCUUUUGUCUCCUAUGUAGGUAUGUGUUCUCUAUUUUUUUAUAUCGGGUGAGGGACCAGACUUGACUCAGUUGACACGAGGACGCAGCAGGAUCUUGUCUCUCUCCUGUCAUGGUCCAAUCAUACUUAUAUAUCACCUAGACAAGAGUCCACCCCUUCCGCUUUGUCCAGGUCACCUUCAUCAACUGGUUGGCGACACCGGAGGCAGCAGACAUCAAGGAGACAGGGAAGGAAACACAGGGACAAGCUCCACCAUGCAAAGCUCCUGGACUCUCCUGUGUGUGCUCCUGCUACUGGGAGCAUCACAAAUAAACGCUGACCACUGGGGCUACAGCGGUGCAGAAGACCCUGAACACUGGGCAGAGUAUUACACCACGUGCAACGGUACCCGUCAGUCUCCCAUCAACAUCAACACCAGCAGUGUCAUCUACAGCAGCUCCCUCACAGACUUCACCCUGACAAAUUUUGAUGGCAACGACUCCAGCAUUCAAUGGAAGCUCGUCAACAACGGGCACACAGUUGUUGUCAACGUCAUCAGUGGGAAAAUGAAUGUGACGGGUGGCGGUCUGGACGGCCCUUACCAGGUGGCUCAAUUUCACUUCCACUGGGGUAGCAACAGUUCACGAGGCUCCGAGCACGAGGUCAACGAAAGGCAAUACCCCAUGGAGCUCCAUAUUGUCACCUUCAAGGUUGCCUAUGAUAACUUCACGAAUGCUCAGAGCCAUGGGGAUGGCCUGGCAGUGCUCGGCUUUUUCUUUGAGAUUUCCAACGCGAGUCAUCCCGUCUUUGACAAGCUGGUCAGCGCACUACCACGCUUACAGAAUGGAAGUGACAUCACCUUCGAUGUCUUCAGUCUCAGGGGUCUAAUUCCUAAUGACACGAGCAAGUACUACAGAUACCUGGGAAGUCUCACCACACCUGGAUGCUUGGAGAUUGUCGUCUGGACUGUGUUUCAAGAAACCAUCAAGGUGUCGGAAGCGCAGAUCGAGGCAUUCCGUCAACUGACUGUAGUCGAAUCCACGAACGAAACAAUUCAUUUGGAAGACAACUUCCGGCCUGUCCAGCCUCUAUACGGUCGUCAGGUCAUGGUCAGCUUCGACCUCAGAGACACGACGACUCUACAACCAUCCGCGACGACUCUACAACCAUCCGCGACGACUCUACAACCAUCCACGACGACUCUACAACCAUCCGCGACGACUCUACAACCAUCCGCGACGACUCUACAACCAUCCGCGACGACUCUACAACCAUCCGCGACGACCAUAAGUAGCCACUGGGGCUACAGUGGCGCAGAAGACCCUGAACACUGGGCAGAGUAUUACCCCACGUGCAGCGGUACCCGUCAGUCUCCCAUCAACAUCAACACCAGCAGUGUCAUCUACAACAGCUCCCUCACAGACUUCACGCUGACAAACUUCGAUGGCAGCGACUCCAGUCUGCAAUGGCACCUCAUCAACAACGGGCAUACAGUUGUUGUCAACGUCAUCAGUGGGAAAAUGAAUGUGACGGGUGGUGGUCUGGACGGCCCUUACCAGGUGGCUCAAUUUCAUUUCCACUGGGGUAGCAACAGCUCACGGGGCUCCGAGCACGAGGUCAACGAAAAGCACUACCCCAUGGAGCUCCAUAUUGUCACCUUCAAGGUUGCCUAUGGUAACUUGACGAAUGCUUAUAGCUAUGGGGACGGCCUGGCAGUGCUCGGCUUUUUCUUGGAGAUUUCCAACACGGAUCAUCCCGUCUUUGACAAGCUGGUCAGCGCACUACCACGCGUACAUAACGAAAGUGACGUUGUCUUCGAAGUCUUCAGUCUCAGGGGUCUAAUUCCAACUGACACGAGCAAGUACUACAGAUACCUGGGAAGUCUCACCACACCUGGUUGCUCGGAGAUUGUCGUCUGGACGGUGUUUCAAGAAACCAUCAAGGUGUCGGAAGCGCAGAUCGCGGCAUUCCGUGAACUGAUUGUACACGAAUCCGCGAACGAAAUUCAAUUGGAGGACAACUUCCGGCCUGUCCAGCCUCUAUACGGUCGUCAGGUCAUGGUCAGCUUCGACCUCAGCGACACGACGACUCUACAACCAUCCGUGACCUCUAAAAAGCCAUCCGGGUCUUCCUACCGACCAGCCUUCAGUACUGUCCUUAUCGUCUUCUCACAGUUAUUGUUUGUGUUUCUGUGUCUGUGGGACACCCUGCGCCAGAGUCCACCCUCGCCAUCUGGUCUCCUCGUCCCCUUCAUUAAGCCUCUCGUGAAGACCAGUCAGCAGUGUCUGCACCAGACAUCAAGGAGACAGGAGUGGAUCUUCAACAUGUACAGCUCCUGCAGGCUCCUGUUGGUGGUCCUGGUGCUGGCAUCAUCAGACGUUGUCUCAGCUGUCCACUGGGAUUACAGCGGAGAAAUAGACCCUCCACACUGGGCAGACUAUUAUACUAAAUGCAGCGGUGCCCGUCAGUCUCCCAUCGACAUCGAGACCGAGGAUGUCAUCUACAACAGCUCCCUCAAAGGCUUUCAGUUCACAAACUUCGAUAACGGCGACUCCAGUAUUAAAUGGACCCUCAACAACAACGGGCAUACAGGGGUUGUCACUGUCAAUGGGGUCAUGACCGUGACGGGUGGCGGUCUGAACGGCCUGUACCAGGUGGCUCAGUUUCACUUCCACUGGGGUGAGAACAGCUCAGAUGGCUCCGAGCACGUGAUCAACGAAAGGCACUACCCCAUGGAGCUUCAUAUUGUGAGCUACAAGGUUGCAUACGGCAACUUGACGAACGCUCAGAACUACUGGGAUGGCCUGGCAGCGUUUGGUGUCUUUUUGGAGGUAGAAGAAGAGGAACAUGAAACUUUUGACAAAUUAGUCUCAAUGCUGCCAGAAAUACACGAGGAAAAUGUCCCUGUGACUAUAGAUGCCUUCAAUCUAACUGCGGUACUACCAACGGACACAAGCAAAUACUACAGGUACCUGGGCAGUCUCACCACACCUCCUUGCUCGGAGGUUGUCGUCUGGACAGUUUUUCGGCAAACCAUUAAGGUGUCGGAGGAACAGAUCGCGGAAUUCCGUAAACUGACUGCAGGCGAACAUAACCAUCCACACCCCCUGAAGAACAACUGCCGUCCCGUCCAGCCUACAAACGGUCGUCGGGUCAUGGCCAGCUUCCUGCGAGUCGCAGAAGACGAAGAGAGCGACGAGGAUACCAGAGGUGAGCAGCUAUCCUCUAUGGAGGCAGAUGACUAACGCGGAAACCACAGGUGUACCACCAGCCGCCAUUGCUGCCAUCCCCACCCCAAGAUCUUCCUGCCAUCUAGCCUGCUGUACUGGACUAAUCCUCCUUGUACACCUGCUGUUUGUGUUCCUGCAUCAACAGCAAUAAUAAAUUAAACAAGAGUAAAUAGACAGGACCCAAGGUAAAGAGGGCUAAGUAGGUGGAAGUGUCACAAAUUUUGAUUAGAACGAGUCAGCGAGUCCGUAUGGCGACUGUCGUGAAAAAAUAUAUUUUCCUAUGGUUGGUUAUUGUUAGAUACAAGAGCUCUCGUGUUUCUGUUGCUUUUGUAUUUUUUUUAUUAUUAUUAUUAUUUCCUUAAUUUAAAGAAUUUGCAGCCGUUGAUAGGGCGGGCUAUUGGAUUGCAACACAUUCGUCAUUUUAUGUUUCUUUUUGUUUUCAUUUCUGUUUUCUUGAGCAUGUGGCUGCUGUGACGACAGGAAUACAACACGAUACAAUACCCUUUACUAACCGACAAGGACAAAACCAGUAUCUUUUUUAAAAUACAAUGCAUAUCCAGGUCCAUUUUUUACUCUUGUGUUUAUGCAUGUUAUCCUGGAGUUGGACCUUUUUUGACGCAUUUUGGGUUGGAUGGUUAUACCUACAUUCAGCCUUUCUGACUAAAACCCCUUUUUAACAGGUCGAAGGUAAUCAAAUUUUGAUAAAGCUGUGUCCUCGUGUUUGAUUUCUUGUGUGUGUGUGUGUGUGAGAGGGAGAGAGAGAAAGUUCCAGGAAAUUCAUGCUUCUGGUUGGACAUUAGAACUUUGGUAACCAUGGUAAGCUGAGUCUAUGUAUUUACCAAUGCAUUGGGACUUCACGGCACAUCGAAGGUUUACUCCCCAAAGAAGCCAAAAGCUGAAAAAAUAUAAGGUCACUGCUGAAACCCACCUACGGCGUAUGAAGAUGACGUCAGGACAUGAGACUUGCUAUGAGAUCUUUGACCUCUUCAUAUCGAUUGACUAUUUGACGUCAGUGGAAUGUUAUUGUUUGACGUCAGUGGAAUGUUACUGUUUGACGUCUCUAGAAUAUUACUGUUUGACAUCAGUGGAAUUUUACUGUUUGACAUCAGUAGAACGUCAGUGGAAUGUUACUGUUUGAGAUCAGUAGAAUAUUACUAUUUGACGUCAGUGGAAUGUUACUGUUUGACGUCGUCAGUGGAAUGUUACUGUCCUGUGAUCUGUUCGUCUUCGCGCAGCUUUGAAAUCACCAGAGAAUUUUUCCAUUCCUCCUGAAUUCAGUUUUUUGUUUUUGGUUUCAUGUCAAACUGGUUUUCUUACUAUUUUUGUCAUAUAUGACCACCCUGUUGUGAGAUGCUACAUUUUCUUUAGUCACAAUGUUUCCGUAAUAUUUUCUUUUCUCCACGUUGUGUACAGGAAGGAUAUGCAGAACCUAACCAUGCCUAGUGAAUUCAGUGCAACUAAUAUUGUGACGAAAGAUACUGAAAAUCUACAGUCCCUGGUGAUACUCAGCUAUAUGCAUUCUUUGUGUGUGUGUUGUAAGUAAACACUUAUUUACCUCAGAAAAGAAGACAGCGGAAUUCCAUAUAACAGUUAAACUGUUGGUAUGUGUACAGUUAGUUCGUUAGUUAUGAUAAAAAGCAUUUAUAUUGUGAAUAUUCUCACAUGCUACUGAGUUCAAUGAACUUUAUAUAAAAAAACAGUAAAUAUGAUAAUAAGGUACGAUACUCGUGUGGAAUAAAAGGAAAAAAGAUGACUA